GUGUUGAGCCCUCCGUGGAAGCUCUGCUAUUGGGCAGGUGGUACAUGACGUCACAAGGUUUCCCGUUUGCUUCACUUCCGCAAUGUGAUGGCAGGCAAGUGUGAAGCGCAGAGGACUUGCCGUGCUCGUUUCAGAUGUGGAGCACAAUAUUGAGAGCGAGCUUGGCGCGUAGGUCGUGCCUCAAUUGGAGGAGUCUCUUCACGAUGCAACUAAAGAGCAGCGAGUUCCAGGUUUUGUUCACCGAUGGACUGAACGAACUGGCAGAAAUGUUCAAGCAGCACCAGUAUGAACUAAGAAUAGCUGGAGGUGCUGUACGGGACUUGUUGACUGGAAAGCAGCCUGAAGAUGUGGAUUUUGCCACUACCGCUACUCCUGAGGAGAUGAAGCACAUGUUCCAGGCUGCAGGCAUCAGGAUGAUCAACAACAAAGGAGAGAAGCAUGGCACGAUAACAGCAAGACUUCAUAAUGAGAAUUUUGAGGUGACUACAUUGCGGGUGGAUGUUCAAACUGAUGGACGUCAUGCUGAAGUGGAGUUCACCACUGACUGGCAGAAAGAUGCUGAGAGAAGAGAUCUUACAAUCAACUCCAUGUUUUUAGGUCUGGAUGGCACAUUAUAUGACUAUUUCAAAGGAUAUGAUGACCUCCAGAAUCGAACGGUCCGGUUUGUUGGCAGUGCUGAACAAAGGAUCCAAGAGGACUACUUAAGAAUACUGCGAUAUUUCAGGUUCUAUGGAAAAGUAGCUGUGAAACCUGAUGAGCACGAGCCUGAGACACUGGAGGCUAUUCGAGCAAACAGCAGUGGGCUUGUGGCUAUUUCAGGGGAACGGAUUUGGGUGGAGCUGAAAAAGAUUGUGGUUGGUCACCAUGCUUCUCGACUACUGGAGAUGAUGUACAGUUUGGGGCUGGCACAUUACAUUGGUUUACCUUCUGAUGGCAAUGUUGAUGAGAUGAAGCGGGUGUGGCAGAAUGCCAAAGGUCACUCUCCCAAACCUAUGACCAUUCUAGCAGCUCUCUGCCGCUGCCCAGAGGAAGUAGAGAGGAUGGACACGCGACUGAAGGUGUCUCGGGAGGAGAAGACUCUGGCUCUGUUUCUGGUCAAGUACAGAAAAGAUCUCUACAAGAAUGAUGAAGAUUCGGAAGGUCUCAAAACCUUUACUGACUUCAUUAUUGACAGUCGUGAAUUGGAUACUCGGAGUAAAGUGUGUGAGCUGCUGAAGUAUCAAGGUGAGCACAAGCUCCUGGCUGAACUUAGCACGUGGGCCGUACCUCGGUUCCCCAUCAGCGGACAUGACCUCAGGAGAUUGGGCCUCCUCACGGGCAAGGAGAUAGGCUCCACUUUACAGAAGCUGCGUGACAUCUGGAAGAAAAGUCAUUAUCAGAUGGAUAAAGAAGAACUUCUCAGUUACGUGAAGUCCGAGUGAACUGUUGCAUGUCAAAGCCAAACAUGCAUCUGUGUCUGUGGCCGAGAAUACCAAUUUGGACUCUCUGUAAUCAAGUCCAGUGAUAGCACAGCUUGAGUUAAGUAUUGAAAUGUUUGUGUGUGUGUGUGUGUCAAAUGAACAUGACCAGAGAUAUGCGCCCCAACGAUGAAUGCAUUUUCAUGAUUUUUACACCAUUUUCAUUGUUAUUGUCAUUCAUUAUGACAACACAGGCCUGCUUUUAUACAUAAACAUAAAAAGGGAAGACAGUAAUCCACACCACGAUGCAGAGAAUACAUCCAUUGCAUUUAAUUUGCAAUCUUGGCUGACAUUUCCUCAAAUCUACUGAAUAAGUGCUAGUCUGGUUAUUUUCAAUCUUUGAACAUUGUUGUGAAUAUUUUCUUCUCAGUCAGGACAAAGGUUCCAGUACAUUCUUUAUAUUGUAGUCAACAUAAGCCACUAUUUGUUUUUAGAUAGACCGCGAUUUGUAACUGGUCGGUUCUAUUGAGCAAGCAUUUGAAAUGUUUUCUUGGCGCUGCUUAAUGUAUUCAUUUGAGAGGUAAUUUAGAACUUGUCUGCGAGGACAUUGAUUUUUGCUUUUCCAGGUUAUUUUGCAAACUAUUUUUCAGAAAUAAAAUUGGCAAUUGUGGCAGCGUA